AUGGCUGACGAGGAGGAGCGCAUCAAGGCUGAGAAGCUGGCAGCCGCAAAGAAAAGGGUGGCCCAGCUCCAGAAGCAAAAGAAGAAGGCCAACAAGAAGCCUUCGACUUCUACAGAUACACCAAAGGACGCCGAGGCUUCCCAGAAUUCAGAAACGGCGGAAGAUCCCACAACUGCCACGGAGACCAUCCCUCCAGCUGACGGCCCCGCCGAAGAGAAGCCACACGACGAUGAUACACCCCCGGACACCGCGACCCCGGAACAACCGGCAGAACCAGAAUCGCAAGAAAAGCCCAAUGAAUCGUCUGAACCUAUCGAGUCACCCGUCGAACCUAUGCCCCCAGCCCCCACCUCCCCUGACCCAGAGACUGCGCCGCAGGCUGCACGUCUGGAUACCCCUCGCGCCGGGCACGUCCGCCAGCCGUCCCUGUCGAUCCAGUCAAAGAUGCGCUCGUCGUCGUUCCGCAAAACAUCCGUAUCCCAAGGCAGCGCACCACCCCCAGCGACUCUCAAGUCCCCACCGCAGUCUCUACCGCCCCUGACCGGGGACGGAGAGUCGGUGCACGAAGUGUUCCGGAAGCAGUCGACAAAGAUCGAGGACCUAGAGAAGGACAACAAACGCCUGGAGAAAGAGCUGUCGGAGGCGACGGCUCGCUGGCGCAAGACUGAGGAUCAGUUGGAGGAUUUGCGGGAGGCUAGCGUGGAUGGUGCGGAGUUGAGGGAGCAAUUGAAGCAGGCUGAGCAGAAGGCGGCGAGCAUUGAGUCUCUGAAAGAGGAAAUUGCCUCGUUACAACGGCAGAACUCACAGCUCCAGUCCCGGUCACACCGAAACAAUGCUAGCGUUUCUGUACCAGGGCCAUCGGAAUCGCCGCCAGCUGAUCUUGUGCGCCAGUUAGAAUCCAAGUCCGCCACUAUCGAGGCGAUGGAACUAGAGAUCUCUAACUUGCGCGCACAAGUUAAAUCGCAGACGUCCUCGAAUAGCGCGCACGAGACCCAGCUUGCUGCCCUAGAAGACAAAGCACUACAGAGCCAGGUUGCACUGGAGAAGGCCCAGCGUGAACUAAACGACACAAAGCAAGCGUUGACCCGUGCCUCUGAGAGAGCUGUCAAGGAAGGUGUGGACAAGACAUCCACCGAAACCCUGAUCAAGACACUGCAGCGCGAGAUUGAAGAGCUCAAAAAUGAAAAGAGCGAGGGAGAAAAGAAGAUCGAAACCCUGGACAAGAAACUCCAGGCCCUGGGCAAUCUGCACAAAGAAUCAGAGACCCGACAUCAGACCCGGCUUCGCGAGAGCGAGAAAUCCGAAAAGGAGACCGCCGUCCUACGAAAGAAGCUCGCCAGCAUCGAGAAUGAGAACCUCCGCCUCCGCGAAGAGCGCGAUCGUGUGCGCAAACGUGAUGCCGGUGGCGCAGACGACGAGGCCCUCGACGAGCUCGAAGACGAAGAGCGACAGCGCCUCGAGCGUCGUAUCCGGGAGCUCGAGGGCGAAAACUUUGAUCUGCGCCGCGGCGUCUGGCAGGAGAAGCGCUCAGAACUGGCUGGCCAGCAGCAUCUGGCCGAGGGGGCUGACUCUGUAGGUGAUUCUGCGGCGAACGCAUUCGAUGACGUCGAUCUCGUCGGCGGCCGCCCUGACCACGCCCGCCGUCGUAGCAUGGCCCUGCAGCAGCAGCACUCGUCGUUCUCGGAUGUGUUGUCUAGCGGCUUCGCCGCUUUCACGGGCGGCGCCAACCGCUCGCGUGCUGGCUCGUCGAACCCCCCGCACCCUCACCCCCCUGCGGCCCGUGGUAGUCUUGAACUCCUGUCCGAAGAGAACCUGGAAGAUGAGUUCGACGAGGCGGAGUUUGCGCGUGCCCAGGCGGAGGAGGAGGCCCGGAAGCGGGUUGAGUGGGUGCGCGAUAUCAAGCGCAAGCUCCGGGAUUGGCAGGGCUGGCGCUUGGAUCUGGUUGAUAGCCGGGCUGGGGCUGAAGGGCCUGGUUUGGCUUUGGGGCAGAUCUUUGAGGUUUGA